AUGUGGAAGGAGUUACUAAACCUGAAUGUGGCCAGAGGAGGAGCCUGGUUUCUCUCUGGGGAUUUUAAUGAUAUCAUCUGUAACCAAGAGAAAUCAGGAGGAAUAGAGAGAACAGAAGGAUACUUCAUGGACCUUCGAUCCUUUAUGUCUGAAGGCGAUUUAUACGACUUAAAGCACUCAGGUGACUUUCUAUCUUGGCGUGGAGUCAGAUAUGAACAUGUAGUACAUUGUCGGUUAAAUCGGGCAGUCACAAACAGUGAAUGGUUUGAGGAGUUCUAUUCUGGCCAUUGCGAGUAUCUAAAGUACGGGGGCUCUGAUCACAAACCCAUCAUAUCGUGCUUUGAUACGACAAGGAAAAAGAGGAAAGGCUUGUUCAGAUUCGAUAGGAGGCUCAAAGAUAACCCCGCAGUGCAGGAGCUCAUUGAUAAACAUUGGAAACAGGCAGGAGGAGCCUCAGUGUGCAAGAAGAUAGCUAUAGUCCGAGGUUCGAUUGUAGCUUGGAACAAGAAACAACAACAGAACAGCAGAGCAAUUAUAGAACAACGCAAAAUAGAGCUAGAAGAAGCGAUGACAAGUGCUCAAGAUGAUGCUCCUCUUAUAGCGAUAAUCAACCAAGAUCUGCGGGAAGCUUAUAAAGCUGAAGAGGACUUUUGGAGGCAAAGAACUAGAGUCCUCUGGCUCAGCCUUGGUGAUCGAAAUACCGGCUACUUUCACGCCACAACCAAAGGAAGAAAGGCGCUGAACUCUAUUACUGUCCUCGAAGAUGUGAAUGGAGAAGUUCACUACAAGGAGGAGAUGAUUACAAAAACAAUCGUGAAUUAUUUCACAGAACUUUUCACCUCUCAUGAGGCAGAGCGAGAACAGAUAGUACAUGAUGCACUAACCCCGUUGGUCUCGAAUGCGGAAAAUGAGCUACUGGUUAGAGAACCAACAGCGGAGGAGAUUAGACUCGCAACUUUCUCGAUUCACUCAGACAAAGCCCCUGGACCCGACGGUUUCUCCGCGGGUUUCUUCCAAACAAACUGGAAAACAGUGGGAGCCGACAUUGUCCGAGAGGUACAAAGUUUCUUUAACUCUGGAUUAAUGCUGAGUGGGCUCAACGACACCCACAUUAGACUGAUACCGAAAGGAGGAGGGCCUAGGUUUGUAGCAGAUUAUAGACCAAUUGCGCUAUGCAACGUCUACUACAAAAUAAUCUCUAAGCUUCUCACCCGAAGACUACAGCCGAUACUCUCGAAAUUAAUUUCCGAGAACCAGUCAGCGUUUGUUCCAGACAGAGCCAUAUCCGACAACGUGUUGAUCACACAUGAAGUGCUACAUUUCCUCAAGACAUCUUCGGCAAGCAAACAUUGCUCAAUGGCUGUAAAAACGGAUAUGAGCAAGGCAUAUGACAGGCUUGAAUGGAAGUUCAUCGAGAUGGUGCUGUCUCGGUUGGGUUUUCACCAGAAAUGGGUCGGCCUGAUAAUGCAAUGCGUGACCUCAGUAUAUUUUUCCUUCUUGAUAAACGACUCAGCUCAAGGACGAGUAUACCCAUCAAGCGGAAUCAGACAAGGCGACCCGCUGUCUCCAUACCUGUUCAUCUUGUGUAGUGAGGUUCUAUCCGGUCUGUGUGCAAAGGCUCAGAAUGAUGGCUCACUUCAAGGGAUUAGAGUAGCAACAGACUGCCCGCGAGUAAAUCAUCUCCUCUUUGCGGACGAUACGAUGUUUUUUUGCCGGACUAACGCACAAAGUAUCUCGAAGCUGCAAGAAAUCCUUCAGCUAUACGAACAAACGUCGGGACAGAGAAUCAAUAAGGAAAAAUCGGCAAUAACAUUCUCCAAAAAAACGCCUCAGAGCCUAAAGGACAAAGUGAAAAGGGAGCUAGAUAUUCAAAAGGAGGGAGGGGUUGGGAAGUAUCUUGGCCUGCCAGAACACUUCGGGAGAAAGAAGAAAGAUAUUUUCACUUCUAUUGUUGAUAGAAUCCGACAAAAGGCAGUUGGCUGGUCUACAAGAUGCUUGUCAACAGCGGGUAAAUUGAUCCUCCUCAAGACAGUACUAUCAGCCAUGCCUACUCACUCGAUGUCAUGUUUCAAGUUGCCUACAUCUCUAUGUAAACGGAUACAAUCAGCCUUGACUCGGUUUUGGUGGGACUCAGAUCCCGAUCAGAGGAAGAUUUCUUGGAUCUCUUGGACUACGAUGACUAGAGCAAAGCAAGACGGAGGCUUAGGAUUUCGAGAUAUACAAUGCUUCAAUGAUGCUCUUCUUGGGAAACUUAGCUGGCGACUGAUCAACAAUCCGGACGGGUUACUUGCAAGAAUCUUGAGAGGAAAGUAUUGUAAGUACAACCCUAUCCUUGAGGUACAAGCAGCUUCAAACUGCUCCCACGGUUGGAGAAGUAUCCUCAUCGGACGUGACCUGGUGAAAGAGCAUCUAGGAUGGGCAAUUGGCAAUGGGGAGUCAGUAAAAAUCUGGUCUGAUGCAUGGCUUUCAACGUCGCAUGGUGCCCAACCCAUGGGCCCUGCUAUAGAACAAACGAGAGAUGCGCUUGUUAAGGAGUUGUUUCAGGAGAACACUUGUAGGUGGAGUACUGAUAAAAUCACACAUCUGUUCCCAGAACUUGCCCCGCAGAUCCUAAGUAUCAAGACAAGCUCAAAAGGAGAACCGGACAAUCGGAUUUGGCUCAAACACGAGUCUGGUGUGUACUCUACGAAAACAGGUUACCAAGCGGCCCUGAAAAGCAGAACUAUAGACGCCGGAACUGGAGAUCAGCCUGCUUUCCAAUGGGCAAAAAAGGUUUGGGAGGUUAAUGCCCCUUUAAAGAUUAAGCUUCUCAUCUGGAAAGCGUUGCACGGUGGCUUACCUGUAAACGAACGACUAGCAACCCGACUGAUUAUCCCAAGCUCAGGCUGCGUAAGAUGUGGUGAGGUGGAAACAAUCACCCAUGUGUUUUUCACCUGCCCUUUUGCCCAGGAAACUUGGAGAAAGAUACCGUUCAAAAGAGACAUAUUAUUAUCAGGAAUCCAGCACUUCACAGAGGGAUGGAGUUUGGUGCAAGCAGAGAUCUCUCUCCCUCCGACGGGUUUGAACACAGGCUCUCUAGCAGCUUGGGUGAUAUGGAGUCUCUGGAUCACCAAAAAUUACUGGAUUUUUCUGGAAAGGACCUUCUCUGAACAGGAGGUUGCAACUAAAGCGGUAGUGGAUGCCAAAGAAUGGAAUGCAGCGCAACCUUUGAAAUCGAAUCAUUUGCUUGUGAAGCAAGGAAGAGAACCAGAGCAGAAAUUUGAAGUGAUUUGCCAAUCAGAUGCCGCCUGGAAGAAGGAAAGUCUGACUGCAGGAGCAGCUUGGAAGUACACACGACGUAGAGAUGAACUCAACAGGUCGACCUCAUUGAUUUUCACAUUCGUGAAAUCACCCCUCGUGGCGGAGGGCUUAGCCUUGCGUUCAGCAAUGGAGCAAGCAAUUUUACUAGAUUACAAACAAAUCUCCUUUGAAUCGGACUCGAGGAUCUUGGUGACGGCAAUUCUAGAGGGUUCUCACAUUUCAGAUUUGCAUGGAAUCCUAGCAGACAUUAGGUCAUUGGCAGGGGCCUUUACCUCAGUUUCUUUUCAUUGGGUUCCUAGGAACUCUGUUUCUUCUGUUGAUGUUUUAGCCAAGCAGGUUCUAAACGCUUUUGUACCAAACAUGGUUUGA